AUGCGUUUCACUCUCGCUACUGCUGUUCUCUCGUUGGCCGCGAUGGUCAUUGCAAGCCCCAUGGAAAAUGGUCUCUGGGCUCGAGAUAACGGUGCACAAUGUGCUCAAGGUUCAACAAUCCAGUGCUGUCAAUCCGUCACAUCAGCCGGCGAUGGUGGACUCCUAUCCAAUCUUUUGGGGUUGAACUGCGCAGAAAUCCCAAUUCCAAUCCUUAACAUCAUUAACACGACACCCAAGUGCAACGGCCAGCUUGCCUGCUGUAGCGCUAACACCGGCACUGCCCCCCCCGAUUGUGACGAUGAUUCUAACAGCGGUGGCUCACAGGGAAUCAACAUCCUCAGCAACUUGGCCAUCUGCCCCAACAUCAUUCUUUAA